AAAUCUCAACGAGUCCUUGAGUUUGUUCCGUCAAUUAGACCAUCGUUCCUUUCGGUGGUAUUAGUUUUAGUUUGCGGAUGUCUCUGGGUGAAAAAUGAAGCAACAAACGAACGACUGAUUUCACUGGAAUCUCGUAUUUACUGUGUUCCUUGCACUAAGCGUGGUACGAUUGAUAAUCUUGACAGGUUGACUUUUCCGCCGACAAAAGAUAUCGCAAUAGACCUUUCCAAGAAGGUGCAGACACAAGUUUCAGAUGAUGGGAACGGCUAUACCUCAGGUAAAAUUUAUUCUUACUCUUCUUACUUGGAUGGCCUUAAGUACAUUGAGGAUGGUUACACCAGCUUUUAUUCUCCCUCGGUUAAGACACAACCUUUCAUGACGUGAGUUCGCGUUAACAACACGGGAUCUUUUGCAAUUCCAAAAUAGUAUCAGAUUUUAACUUAGACUGUAUGAGACUGUUUUGUAAUGCUCCCUAGAUGUCAGUAAUUAAGCCACUGCCACUGAUAAAAAACUGAAGAGAUCUACAGCGUAAAUGAAGUUGAAUUUAUAAAUAAUGUGUUUACAAGGGCAGAGCAAGAUUCCUUCACGCACCAGAUAGUCGAUAUCAUUACUAUACAGCUUUUUAACAAGAUUGUCUUUUUAGGAUUUUUAGCUAGACGACAUUAGAUAAGGUUCCUUAAACAUUUCUUUAAGUGAGGGCUACAUGUGCUUCAGGUUUGAGGUUAUUUGGGUCUCGGAAUUGAAAGGUAUUGCGUGACCAAUUUCAAACAAUAAUGACCCAACUCUUGACAAUUAAUCCUUAUGGGAUUAAAAGAGCGAUUGAAAGUAGGUGUAUACAAGAUCUCAGUUGGCUUGAAAUUCGUACGCAGGUCUUAAGAUUCGAUUCUUGUUCUUUUGUAAGUUACCUUUAUCAGAAAUGUCAGCCGUAUCAUUCUUUCGCUCCUUUUCGAUCUUGCUAAUUUUUACAAUUUAUCAAUGGGUAGUUAACAGGUAUUAUCUAAUUUUACUUUACUGCAGUCAGCCCGUUGCCAAUAAACGCAUCAGCAACCAUCCGAGUAAGAAUGCGAAGAAACGUUUUCAAGGACACUUUAACUGGCAUCACCAUACAUGAAGUGAGAAAAGAAAUCAGCAAACAGUUUGAACAACUUAUGCCCACCAAGUACUGUAAGUCAAGUGAGAAGGUAUGUCCUGCAGGUCCCCCCGGAUAUCCUGGUCCCACUGGAGCGAGGGGACCACGUGGCAGGAGAGGACCAAAAGGAAAGAAAGGUCUUCAGGGUCCCAUGGGACCUCCUGGAAAAUCCGGAAAAACAAGAAUAACUGGUCCUGCUGGACCGAGAGGAGAAAAGGGAGAUAAAGGAGAACCUGGGCCAAAAGGCAUGCCGGGACCGCCUGGAAGGCCUGGAAAAUCGAUAUCUGCUCCACAAGUGAUGCUGACGCCAGCAGAGCAGACACGAGAUGAGGGAGGAAAUACGCCAUUGUAUUGCACUGUCGCGGGAAAUCCUUCCCCAGUCGUGGUAUGGCAAUUUAAGGGCAUAAAGCUUCUGUCAGGUGCAAAGUAUUUGAUUAAAGAAGGAGGGUUCAUUGUCAGAAAUCUGAAUUACAGUGAUGCUGGGACGUACAUAUGUGCUGCCUGGAACAUUCUUGGAUCGUCCGAGGCCACUGGUAACUUGUCUGUUCGAGGUGAGACAAGCAUUUCAUUCUUGAGGUUUGUUGUAUAACAGGCCGUCAAGUUUUGUUUGUUGUAUCAGUAUGAUAUGUUACAUGUUCUUGCAAGGUAAUAAGGUUGCGAGAAUUGAACAGCGCAUAAACAUCUCAAGAAAACUAUACGAUGUGAAGGCACACUGACAGAACAUCAUCCUCACCUGACCUUUAUUUUGACACGCUUUCCGAAUGCGGUUAACGCUUUAGUAGCCGUCAGACUACGACUUCUUAUAAAAACCCUUUAACAGAUUUGCCAGCCAAUAACUAAUUGGUUUCAUCCCUCCUUUUUUUUCUGUUAUGCAGACGAGCAUUUCUUGUGCAAAGUUUCCCGGUAAAGGAAACACCUAAUUUGUCAUUUUUCGAAGUUGUAAUCCUGCCGUUCCCCAGAGGGUACUUCUUCUAAUGUCCUUGGUAUGGAGGCUCUUUCCGAAAGGGGUACCAUUUUGAAGCUUCAGGUAUAUGGAAGGGUUGGUGUUUUACUAAUUGAAGUACAUAAUAGUGUAGAGAACUCUGUCAUUUCGGUCUGUAAGAAGAUCUAAAAGGGCUAGCGGAAGGAUUUUAUGGCUGUGAAAAAGUCGAGAAAUUUUUCUGCCUUUGUGAUUUAUUCAUAUUUUAAAGACAGUGCGUUGAUCUCCCAAUCUCGUAUUUGAAAGGGGCAAACUUUUCUGUUGAAAAUUACAUAUAGUGUUGGACCUCGGGGCGGAGCCUCCCAGUAUAACACUUUGAAGAGUACUCCCCCCCUUCUCCUCCCCGGUGUCGUCCAAUUAGUUGUAGUAUUUCAACCUGAUAUUAAUUAUUUUUUCAGGUCUUCCAAUAUUCACAAAAGUUCCACCUUUACUUGCUGCACCGGUACAAGGCACCACAUUCCAAGUAACCUGUCAAGCUGAAGGCUAUCCUCGUCCCGUAGUAACCUGGACUAGAGCAGCAAUGCCUUUACCUGGAAAAACGAAAAUAAACCAAGGCACACUUACCAUUAACAACUUGAUUCCUGCUGACAACGGUUUAUACGACUGUGUAGCUACUAACAUUAUUGGAACAAAGAAAACUAGGGUCAACGUGGCAGUGCAGCGUAGCUCAGCUGCAGGUUUGUGUUAGGCUGCAAGGUCCGCACAGACAUAAAUUAAACAUUUAGUAACAUAAACAUCAGGUGACCUUUGUUAAGAGGUCAAAGAGAUCGCAAGACCAAGGGUUCCUGAAUCCUGUUUAAGACUACUUUUAUAGGCUUCGCUGACUCAGACUACUUUAAUGGAAUGUGUAUAGGACUGCCUUUAGUGAUGUAGCCUCCCACGCAGACGUUCUUAGGGGUUCGUCACGCGUUCCUGCCCUACUAACGUCUGCUGAAACGAGUGGUUAAAUUCCUUUCCCAUUGUUCCCAAAUAUCAGCCGGAGCUCACGUGCAGAUUAUCGGAGAACCAAUCGGCGCUGUUGAAGUCAAAGUGUUGACAAGCCAAACACAUACGUACAAUCUCGGUGGAGUGUGAUACGUGACCAAAGAGACAAGAAUAUUUACAGUGUAUUUAGCAGAUAAGCGUUGGAGUUUUGUAUAUUUCUCUUUGUAAAGGCUGUAUUAGAUGUCAUUUGCUCAUGAAAUUGUUAUGUGGGUGAGGCAAAGGCGGGGUUGUACGUUGUAACUCGACAAAAGGCAAAAUUUAUUUUCCCACUUUAUUGUUUUGUAGUAAAGCCGACUUCUCUUUCGGGGAAUUAAACCUCCGAGGUAAUUUUUUCGAUGAAACGAAAGGAGUCCCUAGUACGAAGGCGUGUGAGUUAACUGACUAAUUUGUUCUAAAAGUAUAAGGUGUUCACCUUUCGAGACCUCUCUGAUCCUUUCUCGAGCUGAGUCUCGCAAGUAAUUUCUCAAGGUCCAAAGUGCACUUCCCAGAUCUGGAAGUGUGCUGUAAUUGGUUUACGUUUAUUACCGCUCGAGUCAGUAGACUUAAGUGGGCAGGAACGCGUGACGAACCCCUAAGAACGUCUGCGUGGGAGGCUAUUAGUGACGGCCUUUUAUUUAUUGCUAAAAAGCAGUAUCGUUGUUAAAGGCUGAAUAUGCUUGUGUUGCAACUGUUUAAACGGAAAGAAAGAGGAAAGCCCUUACGCGAGUUAAAGUAUAAAUCCUAAAAUUUGCUUUCCAGAAGACAAAGUGACGUUUGUCAUCCAGUCUCUAGUCACUUGCAAUGUUACACUUGAUAAAGAAUUCAUUUGAUGCCGAAUUUUUAAACAGUUCUACUUGGCUACAACAGGGUUCUUUUGUCAAAUAAUAAAAGUCAAAUUUAUUUCCCAGGUUUGCACGACUCUGUUAUUGUGGGAAACAACAAAAAUCACUUGACCUCGUUAAGCAACUGGCUUGCACCUGUCACAAAAAGCGUGAAUUCUCUCUGGAAGCGCUGUUGGCGUGCAUCCGUGGACGGCUGGGCUGGAAGUACAUUUCACUCCCAAUGUGACGGCAAGGGCCCGACUGUGACAAUAAUAAGGGUCGGGAGAUACAUUUUUGGAGGAUACACUAGUAAGUCUUGGGGUAAGUGCGCAUUGUAAGAGGCGGUUACCUUACCGUUACAGUUACUUGCAUGGAUAUGUUCGGCUAAAAGUGCAUCUUGAUGGCUUUGUACUGAGCAACAUGGAGUCAGUUUGACCUUGCAUGGUUAAGCAGUAGCCGAUAAGGAUUCAGGUUGGCGGAUCUACAUUCGGACGCGCACCCCCUCGCCCCUCUAAAACCGAGGAACCCCCUCCUUGGCUUGACUCACAAGGAAUUAGCAAAUGUGGCAAAAAACAACAGGCCCCUGUUGUUCAAACGUCGGAUAGCGUUAUCCACCGGAUAAAUCACUAUCCAGCGGAUAGCGUAAUUGAUUUUCGUAAUACUUAUCCGCUGGAUAGUGAUUUAUCCGGUGGAUAGCGCUAUCCCUGAACGUUUGAACAACCAGGGCCAGCAACAGAUCAUUUUAUCAUGAUUUUAACAGAUUUGUACGGUUGCCCGUAAGGGACAUUACAAUAUCUUUUUUUUCCCUUAAGUUAUCGCGCGAUAAUUAGUCAGUUUAUCGCGCGAUAAAUUGCAACAUAUCACAUGAAAAAGAGAAGCUGGAACGUUGCAUGCAUGUAUGCAUGCAUUAUCUUAAUGUUGACCCUUUCUUUAUCAUACUAAGAAGGAGUUAUAGUCUAACUUUUGACCCAGCUUAAUAGGGUUCAUUUGAGUUGCCAAGCUAGAUUUCCAAGCAAGGAUUACAGCAUUUUAAUCCUGAAGGAAAAGGGGAGUAAUUAUAAGAUUUACAAUUGCUAUUUAUAUGUAAUCAAUUAUCUCUCGUUUCAAAACUAUACAGUGAGAAUCAAGCCAGGUUACUUCUUAGCUUCAAGUUUAAAGUAUUUCAUUGUCCAACAGUGGUCCCUUUAGUUAAGUGAAGUGAAUAAAGGUUAUGUUCUUGCUAUGUAUUUACAGAAAAGGACUGAUUUCUUCGGCGGAUUAGCAUGCGCAAUAAUUAAAGGUUAACAUACGAAAAUGCAAGCGGUGACAGGCCGCACAUCCAUACCGGCGUGAAACCUUGUGUUAACCUUUUAUAUUUUAGCUGUAACGAGCAUGUCCUUUAGGGAUUUUCCUUUCUUGUGGGAAAUGAUAGGUGGUUCUUUAAAAAUUUGGCGAAGUAACGGUUGGUUUUGUAUAAGAUUCCAGUUUUUCAUUAAAGCUUCUUUUAAAGUAGACACUGAGGGCUGGUACUGUGUCACGAAAGGCAAUAUUUCUUUUUCCUCUUUGUUGUUGUGUUUCAGGAGUGCAGACACCCUCUCUGUGAACUUUAUAUCUGAUAGAAGGUUCUCUGUCAUAGUUUGUGGGUAGCGUCUGUCAUUCAAGCGUUUUUUGAAAUUUGAGUUGCUAGCCUUCAGAGCCUUAAAAACAUUCUUAUGAAACACUGGCAACUGAUAGAGAACCAACCUCUUCUUAGACAGAUCUACAAAGAACCUCCAAUUAUAUCGUACAAACGAGGAAGGUCUCUCAAAGAUACACUUGUAAAAGCUAAACUCUGAGAAUUAAAGGCUAUAAACACGUGGGUGGAAAGCGUGAGUCAGGCUUCUCUUUAUCAUGUGAUAUGUUGCAAAUUUAUCGCGCGAUAAACUGACUAAUUAUCGCGCGAUAAUUUUCUUAUUUAUCGCGCGAUAACUGUUCAUUUUAUCGCGCGAUAAUUUUAACUUAUCGCGCGAUAACUUAAGCAAAAAAAAAAAUUCUAAUGUCCCUUACGGGCCACCGUACAUUUGCUCUAUAUAAGUUACAAAAGGAAAUAUUAAUUACCCGACGUUUUAUUUAUUAUUUUUCAAAUAUUUUUUGCUCGAAUCUAUUGCUUUGUAAUUGCAAAUUUUUGCUUUUAACCAGCUCCCAUAGACGGAAACCUUUGCUCCGGUAAGCGAACAGUCUCUUAGGUUUCAGGACCCCGAUUGUUAUAACCUCCCGUUCAAAAAUUGGCUGCUUUUGGGAGGUUUUAUUGUAAGCAAUAAAAUGAAACACUGAGUGAUAAACACAAAAUAUACACAUUCUCAUGGUUAUUUUAUCAAUAAUUUAUAAAGCACUUAGUAUCUGUAAAUUUUGUUCCACUAAUUAUAUAUUACUAGGCGACCCAGUGAUUUACAUUUUUUCGUUUUAAUUGGAUGUGUUUGGAGUUAUUCUUGUCGAGGGUAUAGAUGUAAGCAGGGUAAUGUGAUUGAUCAUUAGUGGAUUUCAGUUCAGCGGGUAAUCGACCGUGUAUUUCAAAUUGGCCGAACGCGUGUUUUUUUUUUGUUUUGUUUAUUUACAUUGUUAAUCACGGUAGUGGAAUGAUAUAUGUUGAGAGAAGAACCAAAAAAAGUCUUUUGCAGAUAGGAAUGAAACCCUCGACACACUUCAUGAGUUAUUGGGAACUUUAGUACUGGGCUGGCAAAACGACAGUACUGGAUCGCGCGCUCACUUUUUUUUUUUUGAUGUGUCUGGAGUUGCCUACAAAACAUACAUAUAUUUAUGUGAAGGAAGGUAUAAAAUAUUCACGAACAUUUAACUUGUGUGUCACUGCAUGUGACGGGUCUCUUCUUUUGCAAGUGAGUAUCAGGAAAAUAUCCCAAAUGGCACUUUUAUUCCAUCUCUAUUUUCUUGUAGGUUCUCGCUCUGGAAAUCGGUACGACUCAAACGCCUUUUUAUUCUCACUUGUAAACAAGCCAGGAUGGGCACCCGUCAAGCUGCCUCAGGCAGGGAAAUAUAGCUCCAGAAGGCAAUAUUCCAUAUACAAUAACCCAUCAUAUGGGCCUACAUUCGGAGCAGGACAUGACAUUUACAUAUCAAACUACGCGUCAUCCAAUCGCAAUUCAAAUACCAACCUUGGCCAUGAGUACAGCCCACCGAGCGAGUACAGCUACGGCAGCACCUUUACCCAAACAUUCCUGGCAGGAACUUACACUUUCACACCAGACGAAAUAGAAACGUUUUACGAAACAACUUAA